AUGAUAUUGCGAGAAUGUGCAUUUAUACCCAUACUCGAGAUGGCCCGUACGAAGCAAACGGCAAGAAAAUCCACUGGCGGAAAGGCACCGCGUAAGCAACUUGCCACAAAAGCGGCACGUAAAAGUGCACCCGCUACAGGUGGCGUAAAAAAACCUCAUCGUUACCGUCCAGGUACCGUAGCUCUUCGUGAGAUCCGUCGUUAUCAGAAAAGUACCGAGCUGUUGAUUCGCAAACUUCCUUUCCAAAGGUUAGUGCGCGAAAUUGCCCAAGACUUCAAGACCGAUCUCCGUUUCCAGAGCUCCGCCGUGAUGGCCCUUCAAGAAGCUAGCGAAGCUUAUCUGGUCGGUCUAUUCGAAGAUACAAAUUUAUGUGCCAUUCACGCCAAGAGAGUAACCAUUAUGCCGAAGGACAUUCAACUUGCUCGACGUAUCCGUGGCGAACGUGCUUAAGCAUCUUUUUCACAAAGUUUAAAAUCGGUUCUUUUCAGAACCACAACUUUUUUUUUACAUUUAUACAAUUGAU